AUGACACCUGCGACUGCCAGACUUUUUCCAAAAGCCCCGAUCUCCAAAGCCACGAGGGGAGAGCCGCUUGAUAGGUCAUACGAUAAUGCAGCGUACCGUCUUCCUGAUAACGCUGCGGCAGGCGCCGCAAGCUCUCCAGGUGAAGCGACUGGGCAGACAGGGCCAGCUGUCAAUGCUGAUGCAAGGCCAAACCCGCCUGGCCCGGAGAGCACCAUUGAGGCUGCAAAGCUUCAAGGGACGUUCAAUGAAGUGCCAGCCCCGGUACAGCCUCCCAGUGUUCCCUUGGAUGCCCAGGCCGAACCUCGGGAAGGGCAAGUUCCUCAAAUUGACAUGGCGACAUCUAUUGCUACUGCCACCACAUCGAUAUCGUUUUCAACAUCAUCAACAACAUCUUCUAGCACUUUAUCUUUGACUUCAUCGUUGACCUCAACAACCACAAUCUCGCUCACCUCGUCCACCUCGACAACUAGGGCGACCCUGCAUACGACCUCGUUGCCGAUGACCACACAUUCUAGCCUUCCCACCCCCUCUGGCUCCCAUCCAACCUCCUCCGAGUCCCAAUCUUCAGCAAGAAUGACCCCCGGCUCACAAGCCGGAAUUGUGGUCAGCAUCCUUACUCUUGCAUUUGUCCUGAUCGCGCUGAUCAACUGGCGAUUGCACCGCCGAAAGCGUGCUCUGCAGACGGCCAUCCUCGGGGAGAAAUAUCGACCCCCACCAAACAAGCAAAAUUCAAUCUACAAGUUCGCAUCGAAUCUGUACACAAGCAGUACCCUGACACUGGUCAAUGUAGCUGAGAUGUUCAAGCAUCAGAGCAGAGACAGUCAGGGAUCCAUCAGCGGCCGUAGCAGCAGUAUCUAUUCUAGGCAGCCAACGCCGUUUCCGACCUUAUCCCAGGCAGACUUACUGGGCUCCUACAGAGGGGGUCUGUGGAGGAACCGUGUGUAUGAUGCAGCAAGUCGUAUGUAUUUUGCUCUUUCUUCCGUCGCAAACAUGGCCAUGGACAAGGUCAAGUCAGUGCCGCAGAAGCAGAAAUCAGCGGCGAUAAGGAGGAGUCGGGAGUCGUACGAGUAUGGCUUUUCCGAGGAUUAUCUGCAUAUUCCCCCACCGGAGCCAGCUGCUCUUCGAGGUGUUGUGUCAAGACUUCACUCUAACAGUUCCUCUGCUCUACGCUCCAUUACAAGGAAGUUUAACCCACCGCGGCCGCCAACCGACACUGCGUCGCCAACAUGGUGCAGCACGAACAGCCCUAGCCCUUGCCUAGAAGAGUACGAUCGGAACACACCGUCACAGCAGUUCCAAGGCCUAUGCGAAGACGCAGAUAUUCAGGACCUAGUCAAAGUGCGAAGUGUCUCUUCUGGUAUGGUGGCCAUGAGCAAUCCCGCCGACAUCAGCGUAGAUUCCUUGGCUGGUCGUCUCUCAGGAGAAAAGGAACGCCAGCCUCAGCAUUCGCCUGAAGAAUCACUGCCGACGCAAGAUCCAAGUAAGAACAACCUUUCUAAGCCACAACUGAAGUUGGGUCAAUCAGCAAUUCAGCGAGAGAUUUCACCGGUCAAGUUGUCGACGGUUCAAAUGUUCCGGGUUGAGAUGGCCUUUGUACCUCGUAACGACGGACAUAUGGAAGUGAGCGAAGGACAGCUUGUGCGGUUGGAGCAGAAAUUCGAUGACGGCUGGGCGUGGUGUACUGUGGUCGAAACCGGAAUGCAGGGCCUUAUCCCUCGGGCCUGUCUCUCGACCUGGCCCCUUAAGGAACACCGGCCAUAUACGCCCAGCAGCAUCUGCUCAGACCGUGGCCCAGGAAGCACGACCAGCCUUUCUCCCACAGACUCCCAGUCUGUUCGGUUCUACCAGCGGCAUUCUCCGGGAACAUCAAAGUCUGGUUUGGGAUCAAAGCCGCCGAGCGUGAAAUAG